AUGGCAAAUGAAGAGAAUGUGGUCUUGCUGACCUGUGAACAACCUUUACGUCCUGUUGAGGUUGAAGCUGUGUUUAAGUCCUUUCCCUCUACUAAAGAGCCAGACAGCUACAACCUCACCUGCAGAACUGCGGGUAACCAUCUGAAGUGCAGGGAGCAUGUUGAUCACUCAGCAUGCUCACCUGACUGCAGGAUACCACUGCAUAUGACUGAGGACCGAAGAGGGUAUAAUAUCGUGCUGAGAGCCAGCAGGAAUAACACCAUUCUCGAGACAAAAACUUUUCACCUUACUCCAGUAUCCCUGUCCUCCUUUACAGUAUUCAGCACAACAACCACUGCCCACCUGAAAUGGAAACUUCACAGGCAGCAGAGCAUAUCCACUCUGACUCUGUUCAACCUUCACACACAAUCCGUUGCUCAGGUCUUCAACAUGAACUCCUCAGAGAUAAAGUCCCAGCUCACAAUAAAAGGUCUUCAACCCGGCACAAGCUUCGAGGCUGUAGUCACGGUGGUUCACACGCCGCUUGACAUCGCCUUGACGCAGAAACUCAGCAUUUUUCUGGAAACAGCUCAGUGUCCACGUGGUUGGUUGGCUGACGGGAGAAACUGCUACGCUGUGAGAAGAUCGGGUUUGACCUGGGGUGAUGCCGUGCACAGCUGCACAAACCUGGCAGCUGGAAGCCACCUGGCUGACUUGAAGACCUCAAAGGAUCAGCUGUUUGUCUCCUCUUACCUUCUUAAUGACGAUAAGCUGCUGCUGCUGUGGACAGGACUUAACGACCAGCAGGAGGAAGGUCACCCUCUCUGGUCGGAUGGCUCAUCAUAUAAUGGAACAGACGCUGCGACGUCUCUGCUGCCGGCCAGACAGACAGACUGUUUUGCCUUUCACAGGAAUGCCACAGGGCAAGGAUACUUCCUCACGCCGUUCUUCUGUGACAUCGCUUUACCCUUCAUCUGCCAGUACCAGACCCCUUCAGAGUCUGUCUCAUUCUCGUUUGAGCUGGCUCAGGUGACAGAGCAGCAGGUAGAACUUCGCUGGAGUGACCCUUUCCCUUUUAACUCCCUUAAUAAUUCAUAUUUCAAGACAUUCCUCCUGUACCAAAAAAUGGAAAAUGGCGAACCGGGUCAUAGCGAUGAAGAUGGAUGCAGGGAGCCGGGGGAGUACAAAGUCAAAAAGAGCCAGCAAAGUUUGAAAAAUAUCACCAGGGUCCGUAUCUCCCUCUCCUCCAGACAGUUUACUGUGACAGGCUUAUCUCCAGGGAGUAUUUACUCCUUUCACCUUCAAGCGUCUCACUCUGCUGGCCUCAAGUGGAGUUUGGGACAAAUACAAAUUGCACACAUGAGGCCUCUUCCUCCUCAGAACAUUACUGUUGGCUCCAUUACAGCCGGGCAGAUAAGUGUUCACUGGAUGCUGCCAAAUGUGCCAUGUAAGGAUUUGUGGUCAUUCGUCGUACGUUAUGAAGACAUGUUGUCAAGGCGAGAGAAGGUGCUCACCGAGGUUUCCAGGGCAUCUGGAACCAGCAGGCUGCAGUCCUACGCUGCUUCGAUUGGAGGACUUGAGUCUCACAGGAAGUACAGGGUUGAAGUUCUCACAGUCACACGACAAGGAGUAUGGAGUUGCGGACAGGUGCCUCUCACAUUACAGACUGCGGUGAAGGCCCCUACUGAUUUGGUGGUGUUUAGCAUGAGGAGAAACCUGUCACUCUGCUGGACCAUCACACCUGAUCAUCCUGCAGAUGGGUAUUACAUCACAUCCCACCUUCUCAGUAAUCUCACCACUUCUUCACUCUGGAUGAACCAGUCCAGCUUCUGGGGAAAUGAAUCCGCGUGCGUCGAUUUGGGCACAUUUACUCCGGGUCAGACGUACGAACUGGGAGUCACUGCUUUGAGAGGGAAUAACCGGAGCGAGAGGUCCAGUAUCAGGCACACUACAGCUCCGAUGCCUGUGCAGGUUGCAGUCCCCCAUUCGGUGGGCACAAAUAACACACAGCUGUACAUUCAGCCUCCGACGGAGGGUCUGCUCGAUGGGGUGAAAGUGUGUGCAUGUCCUGGAGUAUGUGACGAUCUGUGUAAGGAAUCUUGUGGGUACAAGUGUGACUGGCAUUCCCUGUCUGCUGACGCUCACACUUUAACCAUUAGCAACCUCAGUCCAGGAUCCCAGUACCAGCUUGGUGUGUAUAGCACCAGCAAACAGCAGAUGGGACCACCAUACUUCACCGUCCCCAUCAAAACAAGUCUCGCUACUCCCAGCAGGCUGAGGGAGGGAAUGGUGACUGACUCGUCCAUAGAGCUGCUUUGGGAUCCGGCACAAGGAGAGGCUCACAGCUACGAGGUUACCUGCUUCAACUGCGGCCACUCGCUCAAGGUGGAGAAGGUGUUCAGUCAGAGUGCCGUGUUCUCUAAUCUAACUCCAGGUUUGCUCUAUCGCUUUGCUGUACGGACAGAGAAGGAGUCCUUCACUGACAGUUCACCUGUCACAAUCAAUAUCACUGCAGCUCCGGAAUCAGUGGAGCUGUCUCUUGUCAAUAAAACCACGACAUCCAUGUACAUCAGCUGGACUAGAGCCAGAGGACAGGUGAGCACGCUCGUCCUAUCAAUCAAAAACAGAACAUCCACUCAGGAACGGCUCAUCUGCAAUCAGGAGCCCAGCUCAUACAGCUUUGAAGGCCUCGCUCCUGGAAGCCAGUACACUAUUGAAGCUGUAACCACCAGUGGUAAAAGAAGAGGCAAAGCUGUGAAUGUGACUCUCCACACCAUCCCUGAGGUCCCACGGGAAGUGACUCUUUCAGAGCAGGCACUUACAUCGAUGUUUGUCACCUGGAGACCACCGCCAGGACAGACUGAGAAGUACAAGCUUCUUUUUGGCCUACUCUCCUUGGACAGAAAGUCAUGGAUUGAGGUGCUCAUCCAGAGCACAAACUAUGAGAUCAGGGAUUUGAUCCCAGGGUCAGACUAUGGCAUCAGCAUUCAGAGUGUGCUGGGCUCGGACUUCAGUCGAGCAGCAGAAAGAGAGUUCACAACACGUCCAGCAGGAUUAUGUGCCCUUCGUGUGGAUGAAGUGAAUUCUUCAUCCGUGUCCGUGAACUGGGACGGUGCUCAUGGAGACUUUGACUUCUACAGAGUCACUGUGGCCAACACUUCAAUCACAAAAACACUCACGAUACCCAAAAAGGCGCAGGUUGCCGUAGUUACAGGUCUGCUGGACGGCUGCAGUUACAACGUGAGUGCUGAGAGAGUUAGAGGAGGGAUGGCAGGAGCCGCUGCCUCUCUGACUGUGACUACAGUGCCAACCCGUGUGCGAGGGCUGCGUGUGGUGAAUGUAUCUGCACGUGCGUUCUCUCUACGCUGGCGGCAGACGUUGGGUUGUGUGGAUCAUUACCAAGUGAGCCUGCAACCAAACCAGGGAAAAGUCGUAUUUCACCAUGUACGCGAUGGAUACAUGCAGGUUGAUGCGAUGAAUGUAAGUCCAGGAACACAAUACACAGCGACCGUCACGGCAGCAUCCUCCUCCAACAUCAGUCCCGGAGUCAGCCGCAUGAUCACGACCAAUGAGAGUGUUCCAGGUCCCCCUUUAGACCUGGAGGGAGAAGCUGUUGGUUCCAAUGGGAUUCUGCUCUCUUGGACCAUGCCACCUGAUGCAAACAAUAUUGACGGCUACAUCAUCAGGUACAAGGAGGUUUGUCCCUACCCCGAUCCCUCUUUUACACAGGUGACCAAAUACCUGGACAUACCUGAGACUCUGCUCACCGACUUCACUUCAGGUUCAACAUACCAGAUUCAGGUGGCAGCUGUAUCUCCAGCUGGAAUUGGAGCAUUAAGCAAGCCUUUAUACAUAAAGACAGCUGAAUCACCGCCUGGCCUGGUGACCAAUCUGACAGCUUACGCCCAGAACCACACUUCGGUCAUGGUUACCUGGUUUCUGCCACACCGCAUCAACGGCCUCAUCACCAAGUUUGCUGUUAAAGCGAAGCACGCUCGUACGGGACAGACCGUCCGCACUCUGGAGGUCAAUGCAGAGGAAAUCAUGACGGGAGCCCUGCCUCACUGCAACGAUGCAGCGGACAUCCUCUCACGUGCAACCCUGAGGCCCUUGGAGAUAACAGCAUCAUCUCCUCCCAUCACCCUCUCUGCUGUGCCCCCUGCAGCCUCUUGGAGUGUGCCCAUAUCAGUAGGAGUCGAUCAACUGCGACCUUACACUGCCUAUUUAUUUGAGGUAUCUGCCUUCACCUCGGAUGGAGAAGGACAGAUAGCGUCUACUAUGGUGCGCAUGCCAGAAUCAGCUCCAGAAGAUCCCCCACAAAACCUAUCAAUAAUAAAUAUGACAUCUAGAUCCAUUUCGGUCUCCUGGAGCUCUCCGACCAUUUUCACCGGGAAGUUCACAUACAUGCUCUACCUUUAUGGACCUACAGGUUUUUUAUAUGAUAACAGCACAUGGGACAUGCGUUUUCUUUUCACCGGUUUGACUCCAUACACAAGGUACAGAAUCGCUGUCCGGGCAAAAGCUGCAGGAGAAGUAGGUCCAGCAGCAGAGGAUGUCGUGAUCACACCUGCUGAAGCACCCAGCGCAGUGCAAGACCUGACUGCGGUAGCUGAGGACUCAGUUUCAAUUCGUGUAAGUUGGAGAAUUCCUGCCCAGCCCAACGGUCCCAUAACGCAGUACAGACUGCAGGUCCUGGUCAGUGACUCUCUGCUGCAGGAGAUUACCCUCACGGCAGAGAGCACCACUGGUUUAUAUGCGGAUGAAACACUUCCUCCGGAUGUCUAUAAUAGCCUGGGGCGACGUAAGAGAAGUACUGAGUUCGGUCCGAUCACAUCUCCGCCAGCUUUCAUGGCCACCGUUUCUGACCGCACACUGCCCACUGACAUGACUUCUUUCAGCUUUACACACUCUGAACGUAGGAGCACAGACCACGUCGCUAACACUGAUGCCAAACCAACCGCCGACCCUGCGGUUAUUGAGUCUGAUUCGCAAUCUUACAGCAACACUCAGUCCUCCAGUGAUGCAGCCUUUGGCACUUCUACAUUUUCUGUUACCUCAAUUCCCCCUAACACGCUUCCACCCUGGCUGGUAGAGCAGUCACAAACACAGGAGGUGACCUCAGACACCUCUGCCCUCACUCCAGGCCAACUGCGCUUGUCUACACGUGAUGCUUCAGUCACUGGGCAUAGCUCAACACGCAGUGCAACACUAUCUGCCUCCACAGGUGUAACUGUGAGAGAGGCGGUAGUGGAUGUUUUUGCUGAGGAGCUGUCCUACCUGGUGUCGGAUCUGAGUCCUUUCACUGAGUACACUUUCAGGGUCUCUGCUUCCACCACUGUGGGAGAGGGCCCCCCUACAGAUACCACUGAGAAGACGAGUGAGCAAGUGCCAAGUUCAGUGCUGGAGGUGUCCUAUCAGAACAUCAGCUCCACCUCCAUACUGGUGAGCUGGGUCCCACCACUCAACCCCAAUGGGAGGAUCACACAUUACACCAUUUAUGGUCUCACACUGCAUAACAAUCAAGCCUUGAAGUGGGUUACGAACAGCACCAGCAUGCUAAUAUCAGAUUUGGACAAGUAUACUGCGUACAAGCUACGUGUGGCUGCUUCUACAGUUGUGGGAGAAAGCUCCCUGUCGGAAGAGGAUGACAUUUUUGUUUACACCUUAGAGGAUGAACCUGACUCCCCCCCUGAGAACCUCGCCGUUGUAGACACCAGCCCCUCCACUGCCACUCUGACCUGGUCUGCACCAAAGAAAGCUAAUGGGAUGAUCCAACACUAUGAGGUGUUGUAUGAAAACGAAACCUACUCGGCACUGAUAAACACCACCUCUAACAGAAGCACUCUGAUCAGCCUGAAGCCGUUCUCAUAUUAUAACGUGUCUGUGAGGGCAUACACACGUUAUGGCCAUGGCAACCAAACAUCAGACACUUUAUACCUGCUUUCUGGAGAAGAUGUGCCCGGCAGUCCUCCAUAUGACCUCACGUAUGAGUCCGUCAGUCCUGAUGAGGUGAACGUCACCUGGUGGCCACCUCUUCUGCCUAACGGGGUCAUUACUCACUACAGCCUGGAGCUCUGGAACUCAACCCACUCCCUGAACCUCAGCUCAUCAACCACCUCCAUCCACAUCACAGAUCUGAGGAAGUACGCACAAUACCGCAUCGUGGUGCAAGCACACACCCGGGCCGGGUCGGGAAACCACAGCAGCGAGCCACUCAACAUCACCACACUUGAGGAUGCUCCAGACGCCCCCCCUCAGUUCCUCCAUGCCAGGAAGCUGUCAGACUAUGAGGUGGAAUUGUCAUGGCAACCCCCACUUCAAGCCAAUUCUGAUAUACUGUACUACAUUGUCAGAGUUUGGAACGACACAACCGAGCUCUGGCAGAAUGUGACGGAGACGUCGGUGGUUAUUAAUGUGGACUCAGAGAGUCGAUACAAUGCCUCUGUUUCCAGCUGGACCAGACUGGAGCCAUCAGACCCGCCACAGAACGUGACUUUUGUAAAUGUGACUGCCUCCUCUGUCACUUUGUCAUGGCAGCCACCAACUGAACCCAAUGGGAUUAUUGUUCAUUACACUAUUUAUUACACUGUUAACAACACCGUGAUGAAACAGAGAGUUCCUGUUUCAGACUUACCUCCACGUGUCUCUCCCAGUUCGCCCUUCAUCUACACUCUGCCUUCGCUGACUGGAGGCAGUAACUACACUAUUUGGAUGGCUUCCAGCACUUUACAGGGUGACGGAGCGGUCCAGUCCGAGCCAUUCACCUUGCUCUUACCAGAGGAUGUGCCAAGUGACCCGGUCUCAAACCUGACGGCUCAGAACUUCAGCUCCACAGCCAUCAUUGUGAGCUGGGAUCCUCCCACGGAGCCAAAUGGUCGUCCCUACUACCUGCUCACCUUACAGGAGGCCGGUAUCUUCUCAGACAUCACCAGCCAAGGGACCCCAGCUGUCAACAAGACCACCAACAAGACCACAAAGGAUAAUGUCUACCUGUUUACCAGGCUCAGGAAGCAUUUCCCUUAUGUACUGACAGUUACACCAGCAACUGGUGCUGGCCCUGCCUAUAACCAUACCAGCACGAUGUACCUAAGAACUGAUGAUGAUAUUCCUAGCUCUCCUCCAUUGCUGGUGUCCACCAGAAACCUGUCCUCGUCCUCUAUCGCUGUGGUCUGGCAACGCCCUCUGGAGGCAAAUGGGGAGAUAACCGAGUACGCCCUGACCCUAUCUGGCCCAGGGGGCUCCAACACAACGCAGACCCCAAAUACCUCGGCCAUCCUAACCAACCUCCUCCCAUACACAGCUUACAAUCUCACCAUUAUAGCUGCAACCCGUAAAGGUGCAGGUACAAGUCUGCUGCUGCUGCAGCUUCACACUGAUGAAAGUGGCCCUAUGUCCCCUCCCCGUAACCUGACUAUAUUCAACCACACAGCAGUCUCUGUAUGGCUGAGCUGGGAGCCUCCCCUGGAGCCCAAUGGAUUGGUGAUAAAGUACGGAUUCCGAAUCCGAGACCUCUCCACAAACACCGUCACACAUCGGAACUCCUCCGGUUCGACAGCGACCGAGUAUCUUUCAGGUUUCAGGCCUUACAGCUCUUAUGAGAUCAGUGUGUACAGUUUCACCAGAGUGGGCCACGGCGACCAAUUCAGCAGCCCUGUGACCUUCACGACAAAUGAGUCAGUGUCUGAUGCUGUGGGGAACUUGUCUUGCUCAGGACUGAGCUGGGAUUCAAUUCAGCUGUCUUGGGAUGCUCCCGUCAACCCUAAUGGGCAGAUUCUUCUUUAUGAGAUUGUAGUGGAGGCAGAUGAAUAUGCCUUCACGCACCAGGCCCACACACCAGAGUUCACAUUGGCUGGACUGUCACCAGACCAGGAGUACACACUGGUUGUAGCUGCAGUCAACUCUGCAGGAGCAGGAAACAGAGCAAACUGCUCAGCUUCCACUCUCUCUGAAUCAGUUCCAGCGGCACCUCGCUUUCUAACCAUCUCUCGGGUCACCCCUAGCAACGUGACACUUGGGUGGUCUCCACCUCACUCCAUACCUGGCCUGCUGAAAGAGUACCACAUUGUUGCACAGCUGCUUUCAACUGUUUGCGAACCAAACACACCAAUCUUUGCUCAGCCGGCCCCGGAGGACGAUCCGGCCUCAGACUGUGUAGACAGCAAUUUCACAGUGUCUGUGAAUGCCUCGGAUGGUGCCAAAGACAACAGCGUCACUCUCCAAUUCCUUGCGAAAUACAGAUACUACCGCUUCAAAGUCGCCGCUGUGACCAACGCUGGAGCUGGGGAAUAUACACCCUGGAAUUACACUCGGACCCUGGCUGGAAACCCUGAUGCUCCUCCCCGCGACCUAAAGGUGACCCCCACUUCCACCGGUCUUCGCAUUGCGUGGGAGGCUCCAGCUGUUCUCUCAGGACCCACCUCCUACCUUGUCAAGGUGGAUGGUCCUGAUGUGAAUAUCUCAAUGGUCCGGGCCCCUGGAGAGCUGACGACCGUCGUCGUGACAAAUUUGACAGCGUUCACCCGUUAUACUGUGACAAUUAUUGCCUACACUGGGUCAUUGGAGCAUGCUGGCAGGAAUGGGAAAGCUAUUGGGCCUGUUUAUUUUCAAACACUGGAAGAGGAGCCUAAAGACCCUCCCAAGAAUGUGACCGUCUCUGUUAUCCCGGAAGAAGUAAAGAGCUUGAGGGUUAGCUUCAGUCCCCCACAGGAGCCCAAUGGAAACAUCACUGCCUACUUUGUGUAUGUGUACGAGAAAAAUCAGCUGAUCAAGAACAUCAGCCUGAACGGCAUCCACGGAGAAAACGAAACGAUGGUCGCUGUCAUAGAAGGCCUUAAGGGAGGGCACACCUACAGUGUGCAGAUUUCAGCAACGAACGGGGCAGGCAGGAGCCCACUCAGUCCACACGUGCAGAUAACUACAGGGAUCAAAGCCCCAUCCAAGCCAAUCCAAAGACCCCAGGCAGAGCUGGGCCAUGGAGGGGUUGCCAUGGUAACCCAUAGGAGUAUCACCAUACGCAUGCCUGCUUGUUUCUAUAGUGACGACAACGGACCAAUUGCAAAAAUUCAGGUCAUCGUGGCCGAGUUAGGAGUGAGGGACAUUGAGAACACGACCGACUGGAGGAGCGCGUUUUUUCAUCACGCUGCCCCUUACAUGACAGACGCAGGGUUCCCCAACCCCCCAUCACCGGCCAGGCUCAACCACACCACAGCAGGGACCUACGUGAUUGGAGAGAACGAUGGCUGUAUGGAGGAGAACAACACCGAUCACUUCUGCAACGGGCCCUUGAAGCCGAACAUGGUCUACGUGUUUAAGUUCAGAGCCACAAAUAUUAAUGGCCAGUGUACAGAUUCUGAGUACUCUGACCAUGUCAGAACUGCAGCGGACGGGCUAUUGACCAGAGAGGAACAGAUCAUCCUGGGUGUUCUGCUGUCCUUCUUCUUAGCUGUGUUACUCAUCAUUAUCAUCUGUGGUUCAGUCAAGAUCCAUCAGCGUAAGAAGGAGGGUGGAACGUAUUCACCCCGAGAGGCAGAGAUCAUUGAGACUAAAUGCAAGCUGGAUCAGCUGAUCGCUGUGGCAGAUAUGGAACUGAAACAAGAGAAACUCAAUCGGUAUUCCUCCUUCUUCUUUAGACGGAAGGAGAUUUAUGUGAUCCAGCUGCUCAGCUACAGGAAGUCACUCAAGCCUGUCAACAAGAAGUCUUUUCUGCAGCACAUAGAAGAUCUCUGUGCCAAUGACAAUGCCAGGUUCCAGGAAGAGUUUGGAGAGCUCCCAAAGCUGCUGCAGGACCUGGCCACCACCGACGCUGACCUGCCCUGGAACAAAUCCAAGAAUCGCUUUCCCAACCUCAAACCCUACAACAACAACCGAGUGAAAUUGUUGUCAGAACAAGGAACUGCAGGCUCGGACUACAUCAACGCCAGUUUUGUUUCAGGCUACUUGUGUCCCAACGAGUUCAUAGCUACCCAGGGUCCUCUGCCUGGCACCGUGGCGGACUUUUGGAGGAUGAUCUGGGAAACAGGAACCCGCACCAUCGUCAUGCUCACACAGUGCUAUGAGAAAGGCAGAAUUCGGUGUCAGAAGUAUUGGCCAGAGGACAACAAGCCAAUGACAGUGUUCAGUGACAUUCUCAUCUCCAAAGUGUCAGAGGAAGUCUUUCAUGACUGGACUGUUCGAACCUUAAAAGUAGAAAAGUAUGGCCACUACAUUUUGAUCAGACACUUCAACUACACAUCGUGGCCUGAGCAUGGGGUUCCAGAGUCCUGCAGCACCUUCAUUAAAUUUGUUAAAGCUGUCCGAGCACAUCGACAUGACAACACCACUAUAACAGUGCACUGCAGUGCCGGCGUUGGAAGAACAGGAGUUUUUGUCGCGCUUGAUCACCUCAUUCAGCACGUCAGAGAUCACGACUUUGUGGAUGUUUACGGGCUGGUGGCUGAGCUGCGCAGUGAGAGGAUGUGUAUGGUGCAGAAUCUGGCCCAGUACAUCUUCCUCCACCAAAGUACACUGGAACUUCUUAACAACAAAGGAAACAGCCAGUCCAUCUGGUUUGUUAGCUACUCUGCUCUGGAGAAGAUGGACUCGCUGGACGCCAUGGAAGGUGACGUCGAACUGGAAUGGGAGGAGACGACUAUGUAAAAAAGACUGACAGAGGGACACGCUUGAGAAUUUUUCUGCAGGGUCUUGGUCACAUGACCUGCACGCAGAUCCCCCUGAAGGACUGAAUGCACCAAACAAAGGAGGAGGAUAAGGAGAGAGAGGUGAACAAAGCUUUGGUAUUCUGCUUCAAACCCAACUCUCAGCCCGGUCUUCACCUAAUGUACACCAUUUAUUUCCAAAGACAGGGACAGAAUAGCAAGGGGUGGGGGAGGGGCUCAGAGUAGUAGAAAUGACGGGGACAGAAGUGAGAUAUUGAGCUGAUUAUGAGAGCUCUAUCUCAUCUGUAUGCCUGCAGGGACUUUGCACAAACUGAAUAUCACUGUGUUUUGCAUUACUUUAAUAUGUUUUUGUAAGAUUUUUUUUUCUGCCAAAAUGGUAUUAUUUUUAAUUUGUUUUUCCAUUCUCUGUAACUCUGUUCGUGCCCAGGGGUUGGUUAUCCUUUCUCAAGAGUGAUUUGCAAAAAUAAAAGUACUUUUAUUUUUUUCUUGCUUUGAUUCUUGAGAGUAAAAUCUUGUAGCCCACCCUUUCAGAAUCGCCUUUAUGAAAUGUACAAAGUUUGAGUUUAAAGAAGUCUUAUUAUCCUCCUAAAAUACGACUAAAAUAUUACUUUUAAGUUUCACCUGUUUUGUACCAGCUUAGUUAAUCACAUUGUGAUUAAUCUAAUUUGUCUAACAAGUGCUCAGUAAUUAGUUUGACAGACAUUAGUAGUUUGUUGUGCAAAGUGUAAACCUUCAUCCAAGCACCA